AUGGAAAAACUAUUCAGGAACCAGGAGUUGAAUGUUAGCGUGAGAACUGUGAGGUGUGGUGACGAGGUGUUGUUCUACGCAAAAGAUGUGGCAGAAUCUCUAGGGUACUCAAACCCUCAAAAAGCUGUCAGGGACCACAUUUGGAAGUUAAAUAAGGUAGUUGUGAGGGACCUUCAAAGGGUACCCAAAACGUUCACCUUGGAAAAGUGUCACCCACAGACAAUACUAUUAUAUGAACCAGGAAUAUACCAACUAGUAUUCAAUUCUAAACUUCCAAUAGCGGAGGCCUUUCAAGAUUGGGUAUUUAAGGAAGUCCUUCCAUCUGUCCGGAAAACGGGAUCUUACAACUUACUAGAUAGAAGGUCACUUAGGUACAACCAAAUAAUCCUUAUAAAUGAAACGGACCUUCAUAAUGUCAUUGUAAGUUACAUCAGAGAUAACUACCCAGAGGCUGUAAUAUUACCUGGUCUAGGUGAAUAUCAAGACACUGUGUCAAAAAGAUGUGAUGCCUGGAAGAAGGGAUAUAAAGGUGGUCAACCAGAUCUUAUCAUAGAGAAUCCUAUGGGGAAGUACAAAGGAUUUGCUAUUGAAUUUAAGUCUCCCAAGGGCACUGGAGUUAUAAGUGAUAAGCAGGAUAUAUGGUUCAGGAAACUAAGGGGAAUAGGGUACAUGACAAUGGUAUCAGAUGAUCUGGUAAAGACUUGCAUUAGAAUCAACGAGUACUUCUCACUUAAGAAAACCAUAGGGAAAGUUGCAGUGAAAAAAGUAGUUUGUGACGUGAAGACGUACAAACCAAGGUUCAAUUCAGGUAAGUAUUAG